AUGGCAGUGGUGGUAUCCGUGUCGGAUGCAACGCUGCAUCCGGCCAUGUGUCGGCUGUGUUUGCUGGCCGGGCCCGACACUGCCACAGUGUCCAUUUUCAGCGUCGCCAAUGGGUGCAUCAUAGCGGAAAUGGCACGCCAUUGUCUGGGCAUCGACAUCGCCAAGAACGACUCGCCUUACGAGAACGUCUGUUCGCCGUGCAUCGUGUCUCUUGUGUCGAUGUACGAACUGUACCAAAAGUAUCGCGAGUGUAACCGGGUCUUUCUGCAAAUGGUGUGCGAAUGGUCGAAGCCAGAUAACGGCGAUCCGACGGAUGAAAAGGUGAAAGCCCAAUCAGUUGAUGGCUCUGUAGCACCUAGUCCCGUGACCGUUUGCUUGGAAGAUAUUAUUGAGGAAGACUACAGCAUCGACGAUGAAAGCGACAGUCCAAUCGAUGCAAACAAGCUUGCUACGGCGACCAGCGAAGGAGAUGCUACCGCGUCCGGAAACGGCAACGUUGGACACGGGUUUGACGAUUCCGUUUACUAUAUGCAAGAUUUCGGCGUAUAUGUGCGAUCGGGAGGUGAUAUGGAUGGGCUAGUAGCCGGUCAGCACACCGAAGAAACGGAGUGGACCAACUCGGUCGAACAAUCGAAUGGAACGCUAAUGGAGGAGCUAAACGCCCAGGUUGCUCGAUUGGACGGUCAGGAAAUGACUACCGCUAGCCCAAAACCGGUGGACAUACUUUUAGAUGUACAGCAACCUCCCGUAACCAUGGAAACGGCUGAGAUGCCGACCGAUCGGGCGUAUGAAAUGAAAUCGCAUCCGAACGCACAAUCGUCCGAGGAGCCAGCUGUAGCUUCAAGCCACGAGGAACAACAUUACCAGGACCCGAAGCACCAUUGCUACAUCUGUGAAACUAGCUUCUCGAACGAUAUCGAUCUCGUGAACCACUUUCCGGCCCAUUUCCUGGACGUGCCACAGGAUUGCACACUCUGUGGCACUCACUAUCGCACGGUGAUGAACUUCAAUCGCCACUUGGCCUACCACCAACCUGGGCGACCGUACAAAUGUGAUACCUGCGAGAGACGUUUCAACGACCGUCAAGCCUUUCAGCGACACGCAACCGAGUUUCACCGUCAGCCACAGGCGGUUCCGCUUGCCAGCGAGACUGACCAGCACGUGUUGGUGUGUGACGUCUGUGGUAAAAUGUACGUCCUUGCGGAACCCUACGAACAGCACGUGCGUCAACAUGAGCGAGGUCAGCAGCAGUACCACUCGGCCCCAUCGGUGCCGCUACUGUUCGAUACCUUUCGCUUCACUAGGCUCCUGGCACACAUCGAAGCAUUCCACCCCGCGGACACGCGCAUCCAACUGCUGCAGUGUUCGUUCAACGAGUGUCGCCUUAAGUUUCUCGAUCUCGGCGAGUUUCAGAGUCACAUCACGGACCACCGGGUGGGCGAUCGGUUUCCCUGCACGCAGUGUGUGCGCGUUUUCAAACGCCAACGGCUUCUUACUGCUCAUCUGCGUACGGUGCAUGGGAUGGUAGCACCACGACCACGCGUUGCCCUGCGGUGUGCCGUUUGUUCGAAAAACUUCCGAAGUGAACGAACGCAUCGGUUGCAUUUGGAGACGGUACAUCAGCAGAAAGAGCCACCGAAAGACGACUAA